AUGUCAACGUGCAUCCAAUGCUUUCGAUACUUUCCGCAUGAGCAGGCAUGGCAUGCCCAUUGUCGCGACAAAGCGGAUCACAACUAUUGCAUCGAAUGCAGGCAACUAUUUUUGCACGUGGGAUUGUUAUGGCAGGUCGGUACACACCUGCAAUAUUCUCCCGCGCACCAUGACGGCUACUACCACGCAAGUGAAACCGCAGCCUUCUGCUGUCAAGGCUGCAGAAAGUGGUUCAUCUCAAGGGAGCAUCUCUAUCAGCACCUCGCAAGCAGCCCUAGACACAACUGGUGCUUUAUAUGCUCUCGUGAUUUUGGGAGCGAACUGGCGUUGAAUCAACACUCGUCUUCGCGCACCCACAAAGAACGCGACCUCAGAUGUCCCCUCUGCGGCAGCAUGUUCAAAUUUCCGUCAUCGAUCGCUCUUCACAUCGAAUCCGGCGCGUGCAACAAUAUAUCUCGGCACCAAGUCACAUCCGCCGUCCAUGCCCUCAACAUAGCCCCCACCAUCUCGCUGUCCCACCGCAUUGCAGGCCCUGGUGGGCCGCCCAGGCGCACGAUGAUCCAAUAUUCGGCGACCGAGCAAGCAUUCAACGGCUCCGGAUACGAAUGUUACCUCUGUCAUCGCAUAUUCCGCACACUCGCGUCUCUGAACACACAUCUUGAGUCUGCGGCACACGACGAUGACGAGUUCCAGUGUCCGAAGUGCAAAAAUACGUUUACCCUGAUCUCUGGACUGAUCCAGCACAUCGAAAGCGAGGUAUGCGGCGCGGCGAGGUUCAAGCAGGUGGAGGACAUAGCGACGCAGUUGACAGGGCAGUUUACUCGGCUAUUGAGAUACUGA